CAUGUAUUGUAACAUUAUCUCGUGUAUAUUAUUAUAUAUUUAUUAAUAUUAUUUUGAUCAGUGUAUGUGUUUGCAGUAAAAUGUUAGUGUAAAUGAUAAUAAUUAGUCUCUACAAAAAUUCUAUUUCCCAUGAAUAAACAACGGUAUUUAAUAUUUCUUAUGCAAACUAGCCCAGAUUGAUAUUUAGUGAUUUCGUUUUUAUAUUGGGAAUUCCAGUAACUACUUCUAACUAAUAUCAUCUUUAUUUUUAAUAUUAAUUCUAAUUCAAAAUAAACCCGAUUGUGAAAUUCAAAGACAUCAAACGAAGGUUGAUUUGUGCUUAAUCAGUUCCGUGAAAUUAAUGAAGUAACUCACGUCGAGAGCCUUACAAAAACAAACAAAAGAUUUAAGCUAUUGACCUAUCUGGUUUGUCCAGUUUUUGGGAAGCAUAUAUUCAAAACCGGAUCAUUAAUUUAAGAAGUGUCAAAAUGAAGAGGCUUUUUAUAUUUUUGGCCGCCGUAAUAGGAGUUUUGACCGACGAACCCGUUGAAGAAUUCAUUAAUGGCAACAGGCAAUUUACUGCAGAUAUUUACAAGGAAAUAGUAAAAUCAAACAGCGGCAACUUUCUCGUAAGUCCAAUCUCAGCAGAAACUAUAUUGGCUUUGGCCCUUGAGGGAUCCAAAGGCGCAACCGCUGAUGAACUUAUUAAAGGCUUAAAAUUUCCAUCAACUAAAGAAAGAACCGCCUCGAGUCUUAAGUCACUUCUUCCACAGUUCCAAACUAGCAACGAUGAAAUUAAGUUACUCUCAGCCAAUAAAGUUUACGUUAAUCAAAAUUUUUCAGUGAAUGAUGACUUUAAAAUCAUUGCAAAACAAAACUAUUUAGCUGAUGCGGAGAAUAUUGCAUUUGGAGAACCCUUAAAGGCAGCAAAUGCCAUCAAUUCAUGGGUGGAGGAUCAAACUGCUGGGAAAAUACGUGGAAUAGUGCCACCAUCAGCUCUUUCCGAUAAUAUUAAGGCAGUACUAGUCAAUACUUUAUACUUUUUGGGAAAAUGGCAUUUGUUCGAGCGCAUUGACACUAGGGAUGAAAUAUUUUAUUCUCCUAGUGGUUCCAAGGAAGUACCCACCAUGCACACGACUGAAACUUUGAACUAUUACGAGAACAAAGAAUUGAAGGCUAAGUUCUUGGAGAUUCCUUAUUCUGGAAAUGAAGUUGUGUUGACGAUUGUGUUACCCUAUCAGAAGGUGCAGCUUGAACAGAUUGAAGACAAAUUGGUUGAGGCUUUGAAACCUCAACCGUACACUUCAGAGCGCGUAUACGUUGCUUUGCCCAAAUUCUCCAUUGAAUCCAGUGUAAAAUUUGUCCCAAUUUUGCAAAGUCUGGGCGUAAAAAAAGCCUUUAUCGGAGGCGAAGCCGAUUUAAGCGGAAUUGGUGGUAAAAAGGGGGACUUGUUUAUUAGUGACAUUUUACAAAAAACUUUCAUUAAUGUAACUGAAACUGGCACCGAAGCUGCGUCAUCAACUGCCGCAAAAAGGGAACCAAAAGUGUACUGGGUCAGAAAAUUAGUCAAUAAAUUCAGAGCAGUACGGCCGUUCUUAUUCUUCGUUAAAUACCGGAACGUUAUAAUUUACGUUGGCAAAGUCACAAAUCCACUCCUGCAGUGAAUAUGGGCUUCUGUUGAAUGCACAUCUCUAGAUUUUAGUUUAUAUAUUUUGUGAUAAUUGUUUCCUUAAUAAAAUGAGUUUACUUCC